AUGAGGUUGAUAUCACUUCUCACGUUUUUCGUCGCCUUUUUGGCGCCGCUGGCGUCCGCUAUCAAGCUCCUCGAAUCCAAUGCGUUGAAUGUGUGCAUGGAAAGUAGUAAUUUCACUGCGACAUAUUUCAACGUCGUUUUCUACCCCGGAAACAACUCGCUCACGAUCGGUUUCGAUGGUGUCUCCUAUAUCUCCGGCAAGGUCGUGGCCGACAUGACCCUGACGGCUUAUGGUUACAAGGCUUAUUCGAGUACUAUUGACCCCUGCUCAAUUGAGGGCAUGGGUAUGUGCCCGAUGGCUCCUGGUCCCAUUGACUUGGGCCCAGUCUCGCUCUCGCUUCCCGAGGGCACAUCUAAAAAUGUUCCAGGCAUCGCCUAUACCGUUCCUGAUCUCGAUGCGAACGUGCAGAUUGUGAUCAAGAAGAAGGACACUGGUGAGAAGAUUGCCUGUGUGGAGGCUUCGCUUUCCAAUGGCAAGAGUGUAUACCAGUUGGGUGUGGCUUGGGUGACUGCGAUCAUCUCAGGUUUGGGUCUGGCAGCAUCCGCCAUCACCUCCGGUCUCGGUCAUUCCAACACGGCCGCUCACGUUGCGGCGAACGCGCUCUCUCUCUUCGGCUUUAUGCAGGGCCAGGCCAUGAUUGGCAUGAUCUCGGUUCACAUGCCUCCAAUUGUUGAAUCGUGGACCCAAAACUUCCAGUGGAGUAUGGGUAUUAUCCACGUUACUUUCUUGCAAACAAUUUGUACUUGGUAUCAGCGCGCAACGGGUGGUACUCCCUCGACUGUCCUCUCGCAGCUGGGUGACACCUCCGUGGAAGUCCUCAAGCGUCGCAAGCGUGACUUCAUCGACCCUGCGAUCAACCUGAUGAGGCGAGCUACCAGUCUCAUCUCCAAACGUGAUAGCUCGAGCCAAAAGCUCAUUGUGGUUCGGGGUAUCGAACGUGUCGGAUUCCGUGCCAACAUUGAAGAGACCAACAUCUUCUUGACCGGUCUGAUUUUCUUCGUCGUCUUCGUCUGCUUGGUGGUCAUCAUCGUUACCUCCUUCAAGGGUAUCUGCGAGUUGCUCGUCAAGCAUGGCAAGAUGAAGAGUGACAAGUUCCAGGACUUCCGUAACGGCUGGAAGGUUGUCACUCGCGGCAUUCUAUUCCGUCUCACUUUGAUUGGUUUCCCUCAAAUGACCGUUCUCUGCCUGUGGGAGUUCACUCAGCGUGACUCGGCUGCCGAGGUUGUCCUGGCUGUGGUUAUGAUUCUGUCUCUGCUUGUUGCCCUUGGCUGGGCCGCUCAAAAGGUCAUUCGCCUAGCGAAGCGCUCCGUCACUAUGCACAAGAACCCGGCUUACAUCUUGUACUCUGACCCUGCGGCCUUGAACAAGUGGGGCUUCUUGUAUGUGCAGUACCGCGCAACGGCAUACUACUUUGUCGUCCCCUACUUGGCCUAUAUCUUUGUCAAGGGUAUGUUCAUCGGUCUCAGCCAGCCUGCCCCAGUCGUUCAGACUGUCGCUUUGUUGAUCCUCGAGGCUGCCAUGCUGGUCGCUGUCUGUGUGAUGCGCCCGUGGAUGGACAAGAAGACCAACAUUUACAACAUCUCGAUCGCCAGUGUCAACUUCCUCAACGCCAUCUUCCUGCUGGUCUUCUCGGAUGUUUUCAACCCCCCUGGCAUGAUGAUCGGUGUUAUGGGAGUCGUCUUCUUCGUUUAUAAUGCCGCCUUCGCCCUGGUUCUGCUCGUUCUCGUCCUGAUCGCCUCGGUCUACGCUGUCGUGUCCAAGAACCCCGAUACCCGCUACCAGCCUAUGCGCGAUGACCGUGGCUCUUUCAUCAAGUCUCAGACCCAGCUGACCACCGAGCUGGAUGCUCUUGGUGCUACCGCUCGUGGCGACGUUAAGAAUGGCAACGGCUAUCACCAGAACCCAUUCGAUGACGAUACCGCUUCCAUCUCCAGCGGUACCGGCGUGACCGGUCACCACCACAACAACCUCGAUGCUGCUAACAGCGCUCAGAACCUGAACCGUCACCAGGCUCCUCCCUCACCCGUCGAUCCGUCGGUGCCACUGUUCCCCAGCAAUGCCUCGACCCACUCGGCCAACCGGGGGCCACCCCCAGGCUAUGACCAGUAUGGUCGAUCCGCAUCACCCGCGCCACGGAGCUACGAUAAUGCCCCCGUGGGCGCGUCCGCGCUAGCAACCAACUACAGAGCACAAAACAACGCCAGUCCCUGGCAAAGGGGUGCUGGUUACGACCACUAG